GUGGGUGUCGGAUUAAUGAUUCAUCCCCAACCACCCCGUCUUAAGGGCCUACUCGAGGCCCAAUCCCGUUUGGCUUGUCACAAAAUAAUAAAGACAUCUCUUCUUCAAAAUUCUUCUGACCACAAACAAAAGCAAAUACUGAAGCGAAACAGAGCCACACGCCGCAUGGGUUAUUUUGGCGGGACGACCUUACAAACCCUAAGGAUGGCUGUAAUUCCUGCUUCGUCUUCUUCUUCACGCUUCAUUUUCACGAAGCCAAUGUCCAAAACCCUAACCCUAAAUUCCAUUUCGCUCCGUUAUAAAAAUAACUUUCUAAAAAGACCUCCGUUUACACUUCUAACCAGAGCGCUUUCUGCAACUGCUGUACAAGAAGCACUUCCUACUGAGAGCAUAGAUAACAAAAGUGUGGUGAAGCCUCAAUGGAAGGCGGCAAUAGAUUUCAAGUGGAUAAGGGAUAAUAAGGAUGCGGUUGCUUUGAACAUAAAGAACAGGAACUCCAAUGCUAAUUUGGAACUUGUGCUUGAGCUCUACGAGAAAAUGCUGGCAGUCCAAAAGGAAGUUGAACGGCUUCGUGGGGAAAGGAAUUUUGUAGCAAACAAGAUGAAAGGAAAGCUGGAGCCAUCAGAACGUCAAAAACUCAUUGAGGAAGGAAAGAAUCUGAAGGAAGGACUCGUGAGUUUGGAAGAAGAUCUGUUAAAACUUACAGAUGAGCUUCAGCAGGAAGCACAAUGUAUACCCAACAUGACUCAUCCAGAUGUUCCAAUUGGAGUAGAAGAUUGCUCAACAGUGAGAAAGACGGUGGGUAGUCCACGAGAAUUUAGCUUCCCAGUCAAGGACCAUCUUCAGCUGGGAAAAGAACUAGAUCUCUUUGAUUUUGAUGCAGCUGCUGAGGUUAGUGGAUCAAAAUUCUACUACCUGAAGAAUGAAGCAGUUAUGCUAGAGAUGGCCCUUAUCAACUGGACUCUCUCUGAAGUCAUGAAAAGGGGCUUUAUGCCUCUAACAACCCCGGAACUUGUAAGAUCCUCUGUUGUUGAAAAAUGUGGCUUUCAACCUCGUGGAGAUAAUACCCAGGUUUACUCUGUGGAGGGUAGUGACCAGUGCCUGAUUGGCACUGCAGAGAUUCCUGUGGGAGGAAUUCAUAUGGACUCUAUACUCACUGAGUCAAUGUUGCCUUUAAAGUAUGUGGCAUUUUCCCAUUGCUUCCGAACAGAGGCAGGUGCUGCGGGUACAGCAACAAGGGGUCUUUACCGAGUACACCAGUUCAGCAAGGUGGAGAUGUUUAUUUUAUGCCAACCAGAGGAGAGUGAAUCGUACCAUCAGGAGCUUAUCAAAAUUGAAGAAGACCUCUUCUCUUCAUUAGGGUUACAUUAUAAAACGUUAGAUAUGGCUUCAGGGGACUUAGGUGCCCCUGCAUACCGCAAAUUUGAUGUGGAGGCUUGGAUGCCUGGCUUAGGACGUUACGGUGAGAUAUCAAGUGCAUCAAAUUGUACAGACUAUCAAAGUCGCAGACUGGGAAUUCGAUAUCGUCCAUCUGAACCUACAUCAACAAGUCCUAAGAAGGGUAAAGGCAACCUUGCUCCUACGAAGUUCAUUCACACACUAAAUGCAACAGCUUGUGCAGUUCCACGAAUGAUAAUAUGCUUAUUGGAGAAUUACCAGCAAGAAGAUGGCUCUGUCAUAAUUCCUGAGCCAUUGAGGCCAUUCAUGGGCGGGCUGGAACUUAUAGCUCUGAAAUUUUCAGAAGAUAAGUAGAUUAUUAUGUUUGAUUUUGAGGGAAGCAUACAAUUAGAACAUCUUUGUUGACAAUUUUUUCACAUAUUAAUGCCCUGAAAGAAUAAUUUAAUGACCAUAGAAAAUGUCAAACAUAUCCUUACCAAAGGGCGAGCAUUUUUGUUCAGCAGGAAAAAAUAUUUUUGCUUCGUUCAAGUGUUUGUAUAAAUAACCUUGAAGGGGAACUGAAUUUUACAGUGUGGUUGAACUGUUUAUAUUAAUUUACAUAGUUCGACUUGGAAAUGAUA